UUGAUGAGUGAGGACGUUCAGCGGAGACGGCAGGGAGUCAUGGUUUCCAUGUUUUUCCGUUGGGUGGUGCUUGUGACGUUCAUCGCAUUCACCAUUGGUGGAAAUGUGUUGGUGUGUUUAGCUGUGGGCACAAGUCGUCGUCUUCGCCGCAUCAGCAGCUGCUUCGUGGUGGCUCUGGCUGUAACAGAUCUGCUUCUCGGCCUGCUCGUGCUGCCUCUCAGCGCCACGUUAGAGCUGCGCGGUGGUCGCUGGCCAUUAGGGGGCGCCAUUUGCAACAUCUAUCUCUCUAUGGAUGUGACUUUGGGCACCGCGUCCAUCUUCACAUUGCUUGCUAUCAGCGUGGAUCGUUAUUUGGCCAUCUCAGACCCACUCAGCUAUACCACCAGGUUCACUCCAGCACGAGCAGCGGCAGCAAUUAUGGUUAUUUGGAUCCUUUCAUUCACAAUGGCCUUCGCUCCCAUCUACAUGGGCUGGAACACAGCAGAUUUCCAUGUGCAGAACCAUGACUGGAGAAUAGGGGAUGAGGGAGAUGAGGGACGGACUUGCCGUUAUGAGUGGAACAAUAAUUAUGUGCUGCUUGGUGUCUUCUGCAUCUUCUUCUUCCCUCUGCUGGUCAUGUGUGGGAUGUACCAUCGCAUCUUCUGCAUGGCACGUGAACAGGUGCGUCGUAUCCGUGCUGCCACUCCGUCUUUCACUCGUUCAUCAACAUCACUGAGGGGGGCCACUCUGAGGGAACACAAAGCCACCAUGACUCUGGCUGCCGUGCUUGGAGUCUUCAUCAUCUGCUGGCUGCCGUACGUUGUCUUCUUCACCUGCAUGGGCCUGAGGCGUGAGACCGAGCCACCCCGACUCGCACACUCCGUAGUGCUCUGGCUGGGUUACUUCAACUCGGCCCUGAACCCCAUCCUGUACCCUGCCCUGAACCGAGACUUCAGACGCGCCUAUGGACAUCUGCUGCGCUGCAGGAACCCAAGCAAGAACACUUCCAUCUCCAUAAGAACCUCGGGAAAAGACAGAAGCAUAAUUUCUAAUGAGUUUCACAGUGCAAAUGAAUGCAGCAAGUCAUCCGUGGAGACGCAUCUCAACCAGGAAGGUUAAUGAUGGUGCAAGUCCAGAACACAUCAGCAAACACUGUUUAUCUGUAUUUAUAUAGGUUUUAGGUUUGUGCCUAAUUACAAAACAUGGACACAAGUACACCAGGAUAAAGCUCUAGAUGUAUUUCCACUUGGUGUCAGCAAAAUGAGAAGAUAAGAGAUAACAGGGACAGAUUCUUGGAAUAAAAGUGUGUUCCAUGUUCCUCAUCUCAUGGCCUCGUAAUAUUAUCUGGUAUUCUCAAAAUACCAUUUUGAGAAUACCAGAUAAUUUGUCACCUCAAUAUAUUAUUUAGUGGCCUCAACAUAUUAACCUGCCACCUAAGUAUAUUAUCUUGUGUCUUCAAUAUAUUAACUCAUGGCCUCAAAAUAUUAUCUCAUGGCCUCCAUAUAUUAACUCAUGACCUCAAUUUAUAAUCUAAUAGCCUGAAAAUAUUAACUCGUAACUUCAAUUUAUUAUCUCAUGGCCUCAAUAUAUUGUCUUGUGGCCAACAUAUAUUAACUAGUGGCCUCAAUAUAUUAUCUCAUGGUCACAAUGUAUUAUCAUGUGGUCUCAGUAUAUUAUCUUGUCACUUCAAUUUAUUAUCUCAUGGACUCCAUACAUUGUCUUGUGGCCUCAGUGUGUUAUCUAGUAGCCUCAAAGUAUUAAUUCUUCACCUUAAUGUAUUAUUUCAUGGUCUCAAUGUUUUUUCUUGUGGCCCCAAUAUAUUAUCUCAUAGCAUCAAUGUAUUAUCUCAUGGCCUCCAGAUAUUAAAUGUGGCUACACCUAAUUAAAAAUAAGCAUCACGGCACCUCAGAAGCCCUGUAGUUUUAGUUUUUGUCCUGAAUUUAGUGUAGUUUAAAAAAAAAUUAAACCCAGUUUCCUCUGACACUAAAUGUCACCAAUCAGUCAGGAUAUCAGUGGAGCUACAAUGCUACAACAACUAAAAGAAGCUUAUAGCUAUGUGUUUAGUGUAAUGCAAGCUAGAUGAUUUUACAUUUAGCAU